AUAUUAAAUAUCGGAAAUAUUUGUUGAGUAAUAAAAUAAAGGUGUGUAGAGUAUAACAAAAUAACUCAUUAUAAUUAUAAAAAAUAUGGACAGUCAGUCUUAUAGUGUUGCGUUGUAUUUGUAAGCGGUACAAUUUCCACCAAUUCAAAUAAUUCCUGAACAAAAUGCUGAAUCAGAAUGUAGCAUCAAACCUGGCAACUCUUUGAAUCGGUUAACAAUGACUGUCGCUUUUUAGCUUAUCAUGCUGACAAUCAAUUUCUAAUUCAAACUAUAAUCGUGUUUUUCAAAAUAUAUGUACGGUCAAUAAUAACAAAUAAAAUAACAAUGAAUUAAAGUUUAUGAUUAAAAACUAAUAAAGCACGAAUUAUAUAAUAUUUAAGAUAGUGAUACAUAAUAGUAACAAAAUAAUUUAUGCACGGAGAGAGGGUAAAUCAAAAUACAUGAAAGAUAUAGGCCAAGUUAAGUCAUCCAUAAAAUAAAAGUUGAUUUAAACUAACAAAUCAUAUUACAAGAAUAAAAUGGAAAGAUUAGAAGCUAAACAUGCUCUUCAUAGCGGUAUUUUCCAUCCUGUUUUACGACAAUGGCAAUCACCGAAUAUUCUGAUUACGGUUAAUAAUCUUAUGUAUCCAAUCUUCAUCGUUGAUGAACAAGAUGCUAAAGAAUCAAUUGCUAGUAUGCCAGGUAUUUAUCGGUAUGGCAUUAAUCAUUUACGAAAAAUGUUACAACCACUGGUUUCCAAAGGAUUACAAUCAAUAUUAUUAUUUGGGGUAUCAAAACACUUGAAAAAGGAUCAUAUUGGAAGUAAUGCAGAUAGCAUACAGAAUCCCAUUAUCAAAGCUAUACCACUAAUAAGGGAAUGGUUCCCAAAUUUAUUAAUUGCAUGUGAUGUAUGUUUAUGUCCUUAUACUAAUCAUGGACAUUGUGGAAUUUUAAAUGAAGAUGGAAGUAUUAAUAAUAAAGCUAGUAUUGUACGAAUUUCUGAAAUUGCUCUUGCAUAUGCAAAAGCUGGAGCACACAUUGUGGCACCAUCUGACAUGAUGGAUGGAAGAAUAGGUGCAAUAAAAAAUAAAUUUGCUGCAGCUGGAUUAAUGAAUAAAGUUGCAGUUUUAUCUUAUGCCGCAAAAUUUGCAUCAGGGCUUUAUGGACCUUUUAGAGCUGCUUCACAAUCUGCACCUAAGUUUGGAGAUAGAAAAUGUUAUCAGUUACCUCCAGGAAGUAAUGGAUUAGCUGCUAGAGCAGUUGCUAGAGAUGUUUCUGAAGGAGCUGAUAUGCUUAUAGUAAAACCAGGUCUGCCUUACUUGGAUAUUGUUAGACGUACAAAAGAUGCACAUCCAGAGUAUCCAGUGGUCAUAUAUCAAGUUUCAGGAGAAUAUGCUAUGCUUUAUCAUGGUGCUCAAAAUGGUGCAAUAGAUUUAGAAAAUGUUUUAAUGGAAGUUCUUUUAUCAAUGAGAAGAGCAGGAGCAGAUUGUAUUAUAACAUAUUUUGCACCAUUAAUUUUAGAUAUAUUGCAACCAAAAAGUAAAUAUUAA